UUUUCUUAAGGUAUCGUUCCCAACUUUGGCAUGCCUGGGCUGGACCUCCUACAUGUCAAUCGGGGGCAGUAGGCGAAGAAAUACCUGUCACCUGUCUUCUAUUGACAGAACGGGUGCGCGACUUUUUCCGGUGUCGUCGGAACAGCAAGGCUCCUCCGAAAGAGGAGGAGGAUACGGCGGAUAAAAAGGAUGAGGCAAAAGGCGACCAAGAUGACACGAACAAGAAAGAUAUGGAGAUAAUGCCACCGCCGCUUGGAGAAGGCCAGAUAUCAACCUAUUUUCAUGUGGGCGCCUGUGCCAAGGAGUGUCUCCUGAGGGGUUUCAAGCUCGGUUCCUGGCAGCUCUCUUGCACCUCCAUGACAAACAAGGGCAUUCAGCUGAGCACCUUUGGCGAGGCUUAUCCCAAAAUAAACGACGUCUUUGGGGGAGUUGAGGUGUUCAAGGAGAUUGGCAAUUUCCAUUUUUCCCACAGUUGGUUUACAACCCACGAAUUUCUGUCGGAGCUUGGCUUGCGUUUCGCUUCCGCCUAUGGUAUCUUUAAUACGACAAUAGGGACGAAGGACGAAGUUACAUUGAAAAGCAAGCUAAAGUGCGGCUUUGAGCUUAACCCUAUAAAAGUCGACCUGGUGGUGCCAAUCUACAAGGAGCCACUUGUUAUGGGUUACGUCGUAGCGGCCCCUGUAGACAGCUGCCUGUUCGGCUAUCGUACAGUAUACAAUCUCGAAGAGAAGGGCUUCGACAUGCACGCCUUCUGCCUGGGCUAUUAUAAUGGACAGUCCGAAGUGGGACUCAAACUGGAGAACUUUAAAAACCUGCGAGGUUCGAUCUUCCAACGGAUCGGCGAAAACUGGGCCGUGGCCUUGAAGGCGAACCUCUACAGUGCGGAGAACGUUAAGCAACUAUCUGUCGGCGCGCAGUACAACUUCCAGAAUGGAACUCUGCUGAAAGUAAGGCUUCGAGACGACUCUAGAAUUGGAUUUGUUUUUCAAAAGAAUGUGAACAACCAUGUCGAGGUUAUGUAUCAUUUCGGCUUCGAUCUGGCGGAUCCGAAAGGUGGAGCGCACAGGUUUGGGGCUUCCCUGGACUUUCAAUGCUAAGCGAUCGACAAUUGUAUGUUUUUGUUAAGUCCACAGUUUGCUCCAAGUUAGGAUAAUGUUACAGUUCAGUAUUAUAUAGGAAAGCACAACAGA